CCCGGCAUCAUGAUAUUCCUUCCCUCCCCCAUAUUUAAUGUCAUUAGGUGGUUCCAUUGAUCACUCACAAGGCUACUCACAUUGUCAGCAACCACCAAUCUCUUCCCUCUUAGAAGGCUUUGGACAAGAGAGAAGGAAGAUGGUGAAGUUUUCCAAGCAGUUUGAGGGGCAGCUUGUUCCUGAAUGGAAAGAUGCCUUUGUCGAUUAUUGGCAACUGAAGAAGGACCUCAAGAAAUUUCAUCCCCUUAACGAGACACCAACACCUCCCAAAAAACAACAUACUUCUUUAGUUAAUACCAUCUCAUCUUUACCAGAGAAGCUCUCUUCUUUUUGCCACAAAAAUACAGACCACGGAGCAAUUCAUGUUCAUAGGACGCUUGCAUCUUCAGCUAGCAAAAACGAUGUGUAUGAGACAGAAUUGCUGGAGCAAUUCGCAGAUACUGAUGCUGCCAAAGAAUUCUUUCAACGUCUGGACAUGCAGCUGAACAAAGUGAACCAGUUUUACAAAACAAAGGAGAAAGAGUUUUUAGAUAGAAGGGAGUCCUUGAAGAAACAGAUGGAGAUCCUCAUUGAGCUCAGAACUGCCCUCAUGCAAAAGAGUAGCAAAGAAGUUUCUGCUCAGGACUUCAACGAGGAUGCUUCCAUUUCUUGCACAAUUUCAUGUGAGGACUCUGUUAAAGACAGAACAGAACAAGACCAACUGCAAGACAACAGCAACACAGAUAAGCUGCCAUUUUCAGACUCUCCAAGGUCAGAUGAGAUGGGGAAAUCAAUGAGAUUGAAAAAGGAGGAUAGUAAAUUAAAGUCGCUAUCAAGUCAUGUUUUCAAUAUCCAGGGGAAGAACUUGAGGAUAAAUAUUCCUUUAACAACACCAUCCCGUACCUUCUCGGCUAUCAGUUACUUGAUUUGGGAAGAUUUAGUAAAUCAGUCCUCGAAGAAAUGUGAACCUGAAGGAAGAAAUCUGAAUUUCAACAAAACAAAGGUGCAUCAUGCAGAGAAGAUUAUAAGAGGAGCUUUUGUUGAGUUGUAUAAAGGAUUGAGCUAUCUCAAAACUUACAGGCACUUAAACAUGCUUGCUUUCAUGAAAAUUCUGAAGAAGUUUGACAAAGUUACUGGGAAACAAGUUCUUCCCAUUUACCUUAAAGUAGUGGAGAGUUCAUAUUUCAACAGCUCAGAUAAGGUAAUGAAUUUAGCAGAUGAAGUUGAGGAGCUUUUUAUCAAGCAUUUUGCUGAGGAUGAUCGAAGAAAGGCCAUGAAGUAUCUCAAACCUCAGCAGCGCAAAGAUUCACAUGCUGCAACCUUCUUCAUAGGGCUCUUCACUGGAUGCUUCAUUGCCCUUCUUGCUGGAUACAUUACUAUGGCUCAUAUAUCCGGGAUGUAUAAAAGACAACCAGAUACACUCUAUAUGGAAACUGCAUAUCCUGUCUUUAGCAUGUUUAGCCUGUUGUUCCUACAUUUCUUUCUGUAUGGCUGCAACAUUUUCAUGUGGAGAAAGGCUCGUAUAAAUCACAGUUUCAUUCUUGAGUUAACCCCAACCAAGGAGCUUAAGUACAGAGAUGUGUUCUUAACUUGUGCAACUUCAAUGGCAGCAGUUAUAGGAGUUAUGUUCAUUCAUUUGUCUCUGCUUACAAAAGGCUAUUCAUAUGCCGAGGUUAAGGCAAUCCCGGGCUUUCUGCUGCUGGUAUUCUUAUUGUUGCUUGUCUGCCCCUUCAACAUCUUCUACCGAUCAAGUAGAUACCGCUUCAUCUGUGUCAUAAGGAACAUAAUUUUAUCUCCUUUCUACAAGGUUGUGAUGCUAGACUUCUUUAUGGCAGAUCAACUAUGUAGUCAGGUUCCUAUGCUCAGAAACCUUGAGUUUGUUGCUUGUUAUUAUAUAACCGGAAGCUACAAAACUCAGGAUUAUGGAUAUUGCAAGAGAGCUGGGCAUUAUAGAGACCUUGCUUAUGCAGUAUCAUUUCUGCCCUAUUACUUGAGAGCCAUGCAGUGUGCUAGGAGGUGGUUCGAUGAAGGGCAGAUAAGCCACCUUGUGAACCUAGGUAAAUAUGUAUCCGCAAUGCUAGCAGCUGGGGCCAAAGUGGCCUAUGACAAAGAAAGAAGUGUGGGAUGGCUGUGUCUUCUUGUGGUGAUCUCAACUGCUGCAACUGUGUACCAAUUGUAUUGGGACUUUGUAAAGGACUGGGGUUUGCUUAAAGUGAAUUCCAAAAAUCCCUGGCUAAGGAAUGAAUUAAUGCUUCGUCAAAAGACCAUUUACUACUUCUCCAUGGGAUUGAACCUGAUUCUCAGGCUUGCUUGGCUCCAAUCAGUUCUCCAUUCAAGCUUUGAACAUGUUGACUACAGAGUAACAGGACUGUUUUUGGCUGCCCUUGAAGUCAUUAGAAGAGGACAAUGGAAUUUCUACAGGUUAGAGAAUGAGCAUCUAAAUAAUGCUGGAAAAUUCAGAGCAGUGAUGACUGUUCCACUUCCCUUUGAUGAAGUUGAUGAGGAAGACUGAUGAUGCCAAUUAGCAGGAGGGUUGCUAACAGAAUUCGAUUCGAGGUCAAGGAUAUUCUUCCAUCAGAAAAAAAUUUUUUCAGGAAGAACCUAACUAUCCUUGUUCAAUACAUCAACUUGCCUGCAAUUUUCUUCCAGGAAAUUGGAAAAUAGAUUAUCCUUGUGUACAGAUUUUUCUUCAACAAUGAAAAGAAAUUAAUGUAAAGUGGAUCUGUGUUAAUAUCAAGCUAACGCAUUCAUUGUCAUUGUCAUUUUCAAUCCUUUCCAGUUUUCUCCUUUUGCUGCUUGACUGUCUUGUAAAAAUGUGUCAGUGAAGAGAGUAAAUUUUUUGUGUCAUU